AUGUUAGAAGUGGAAACGUAUGAAGAUCAUGUACCCAAGAAGAAGAGCACCAAUUUAUCCACCAAGAACCAAACCAAGCUCACUAAGCCUAGCCUAUCUACAAAAAACCAAACCAAACUCAUCAAGACUAGCAGCCUAUCCACCAAGAACCAAACCAAGAUAACAAAAUCUACGAACUCAACAAAAGCAACACUCGCCCCUUCCAAUUCCAUUUCUCAGCUCAAAAAGCUAAACUCCACUUCACUGCUCAAGAAACUCAAUUCCACAUCAAAAGCUUCUAAGUCCACCAAAACCAAUUCUGUCUCCACCAAGAAAACAUCAGAUCUACUCAAACUAGGUGCAUCCACAAACAAAACAACCAAACCCACUUCCACAAAACAAACACAAACACAAACACAAACCCAAACCCAAACCCUUGUAGUCAAGAAAGUCAGCGACACAGAAUCCCAAAAACAAACCAAUAAAAAGAAGACCACCCAAGAUAAAAAAAAACCAAGCUGGCUUGACCAAGACGAUGAAGAUGAUUUGAUUGCUGAAUUCAGAGAUCUACCAUCAAAGUUUCAUCAAACUCUCAUACCAGACAUUGAGAGAAUCUCAAAAACUUCCAAGCAAUACCUUACAAAAGCCAACAAAGAUUUGACUAAAGGGUUCAAGCCAAUUGUUGGCAAUAAGUAUGCACCUACCAUUGCCUCCAUUGUCUCCUUUGCAUUCAUUUUAAUACCUCUACUUCUAGUUUCUCUUAUCUUUAACCGUAUCAAAGCUUAUUUCUCCAUACAAAAGAUCUUGAUUUUCAUCCAAGCUUAUCUCUCCAUCUACUUCACCAUCCUAUGCCUCUCUUCAUUAGUUACUGGGCUUGAGCCCUUGAAGUUUUUCUACGCUACUUCACCGUCCACUUACGUUUGUUUAAUGGUGCUUCAAACACUGGGCUAUGUUUUGUACUUGCUGUUGCUCUUGAUGUAUUUGAUCCUCGUUUUUUCCACCGAGUGUGGGAUGGGCUCGAAGCUGUUGGGCCUGGGCCAGACCCUCGUAGGCUAUGCAAUUGGGCUGCAUUACUACAUGGCAGUGUUUCAUAGGGUUGUGCUGCACCAGCCACCCAAGACUAAUUGGAAGAUUCAUGGGGUUUAUGCCACGUGUUUCCUCGUGAUUUGUCUGUUUGCUAAUGCGGAGAGGAGAAAGAAGGCUUACUUGGAAGAGGGCGGCGAAGAGGGUAAGAAGAACUAG